AGGGUUUUCUGGAGAGAAAAUUUGAUGGAUCAGACAAUAAACCUGCUCAGUAUUCUGGUCCAAAAUACACGGUAGUUGAAGUUUCUCCUUCGCAAACUAUCGAUGACGCCGAGUCAGAUUUAUCUGACACAGAGAGAAAAGAUGCAACGAACGAAGAAAAUACUCAAUUAAUACAACGAACGAAUAGUUCUGAACGAAACGUUCCGAAUAGUAAUACUUCCGACGAACCUGAAAAAUCUCUGAGCAUUAAUUCAGACAAAUCGAGCUUCCAAAACUCGAAUGAAGAAAAGUUAACAGAUGAUUGGUUGGUGAUAACAGACAAAAAAGAGGUUACUGAUGAUCAGAAAGGCACUGAAAUGAACAAUUUCAUCUUGGCGCGUCGGAAGUUCAACAACAGCAUUUUUCAAGACUGUUCUACUUACGAUAUCACGUGUCCUACUGCUCAUUUGAACGAAGUCAAUGAUAAAUGUUCUCAGCUAAGCAAUUCGCAGAACAAUAGUUCUUAUGUUCAUUCGUAUUCAACAACAGACAGUAUCUCACUUUGUUCUUCAGAAGACUAUUUAUCAAUUUGUUCCGAUAAGAAUAACAUACACACUGGUUCUGCAAAUCUUAAUGAACAUGGUGAAGACCAUACUGCCUUAUGCGAUACAUUCUUUACUCAUGUUGUGAGCGAGGAACAAUCAGAGGUAAAUCCAUUGUUUUCAAGUGAGCAGCCUAUAACCAACUGUAAAUCAUCGUUAACCGAAAGAGACCUCAACAUUGCCGAACAAAGUGAGAGCGAAAUCGAAGUCGCCAAACAUGAUGAACCACCUGUUAUGCCAGCAAAACGGAAAUUUUCUAGACGCCACCGUAAACGAAGCAGAAAAAGAACCAAAUCCAAGAAAUCUUAUGUUUAUGAAUGUACAAAAUGUGGUGUCUCUUAUUGUAUUCCUACCAAAGCAAUGAAUAACGUUGCUUGUUGCUUACAUUGCGACUUAUGGACUCCUGUCGAACCUGUUUUCGUGAGAAGAGAAAAAACAACGUGGAAUACAUGUCGUGUCAGCUAAAAAAAGGAAUUGUUUUUAGAUUGUUUAUUGUUCAUUAA